CGCCGACUCUGCAAUGCAACCCCGUUUGUGUUGUGUUGUGUUCUUGGCACCACACCACCACCACUGUUGUUGUCACUUUUUCAUUUUCUCUGCACAAAACAAAGAACAACAACAACCAACAAAGAAAGAAAAUCACAGUUCCAUUACUACAAGUUAACAACACCAACAACAACACAAGAGAGAAAGAGAGAAAAGUCAGAAAACCAAUGGAAGAGUUUUGAGUCACAGAACAGAAGAUCCAUUUUCUGUUUACUUUCUGGGUCAGAAGAGUUGACCAAGACUCAAACAGAGAAACAAACAAACAAAGAAGAAGAAGAAGGUAGAAUGAAAUUGUGUAAUGAUUUCUCACCAGGCAGUGAAAGCUUUGGAAGACGGUUGUGAGUGAAUUUGGCCUUUCAGUUUCAGAUCUUCUGUUGCCAAAUUCCAAUCUUUGAACCGUAAUUCAUUACAAAAUUGGAGUAAGAUGUCUGGUGAAUCGGCUCCCAAACCUCGACUAGUAUUGUGUCCUAAAUGCCGGCAACUUCUUCCGGAGUCUCCAGAUUAUGAUGUGUACAAGUGUGGAGGAUGUGGCACGAUCCUUCAAGCUAAGAAACGAAGAAGUAGAGCUGUGAACUCAGAAUCCAGCUCACUUCAAACUGAUGCCACUCCUACAAACGCAUCAAAUCCUGUUUCUGAUGAUAGACAAUGCAAGAAUGGAGAGAAGCUAGCUAGUACUCAGGAGAAUGGUUUGGGGGAGAAAGCAACUAGUACUUCCUCAGAACGAUGUUCUUCGGAUGAAAAUGAUAGUGAAUGCAAUGGAGAGCAGCUAGUUACUCCUCGGGAGAAUGGUAUAAGGGAAAAAAUAACUGGUUCUUCCUCAGGAGAAUGUUCUUCAGAAGGAAAUGGUGGACGGGGUCAAAUUGAGUCUGGUGAAUGUGAUGGAGAGAAGCUAGUCACUUCUCAGGAGAAUGGUUUGAAGGCAAAAGUAGCUGGUUCUUCGGAAGGAAUUGUUGGAAGGGGUCAAAUUGAAAAUGGUGAAUGUAAUGUAAAGAAGCUAGUUACUUCUCUGGAGAAUGGUUUGAGGGAAAAAGUAACUGAUUCUUCCUCAGGAGAAUGUUCUUUGAAUGGAAAUGGUGGAAGGGAUCAAAUUGAAAAUGGCAAAUUCAAUGGAGACCAACUUGUUACUUUCCAGGAGAAUGCUUUGAUUGCAAAAGCAAGUAGUUCAUCCACAGGAGAAUCUUCUUUGAAUGGAAAUGGUGGAAGAGAUCAAAUUGAAAAUGGUGAAUGCAAUGGAGAGCAGCUAGUUACUUCUCAGGAGAAUGGUUUGAAGGAAAAAGCAACUGGUUCUUUCUCUGCAGAAUGUUCUUCAGAGGAAAAUGGUGGAAGUGAUCAAAUUGAAAAUGGUGGAUGUAAUGAGGAGCAGCUAGUUACUUCACAUGAGAAUUUUUUGAGGGCAAAAGCAACUAGUUCUUCUUCAGGAGAAUAUUUUUUGAAGGGAAAUGGUGGAGGGGGUCAAAUUGAAAAUGGUGAAUGCAAUAGAGAGCAGUUUAUGAGUGCAUUGGAUAUAGAAAGUGUCAAUGAUGAGAAAUCAGCUGUAGUUGGAGUUAAGUCUGAAGUGGACAUCGCGGAAAGUGAUAUAGCAGUACUGGAAGAGUUAAGUAAUGGAAACUUAUUACUCGAAGGAGCAGAACACGAGAUACUUUCUGGAUCGGAUGGAGAUGAAGUCAAUCAUCACAAAUUGGCUCCAAUAGGUGUGAGUCCUGAAGCAGACAUUGAUGGAGCCAGAAAAGCAGAAUCAGAAGAAUUAAAUCAUGGAAAGUUGUUAUUCGAGGGAACAGAAGAGUUGAAUAUGUGUGCUUCAGAUAGAGAAGAUCCCAAAAAUGGCCAAUCAACUCUUGUGGGUGCAAAAUCUGCAGUGGACACUACUGGAAAUGUUUCAUCCACUGCCCAAAGGUUAAAUGCUGAGAACUUUGCAUCUGAAAAGGAAAGCAUUUCACAUGCUUCUCCUUGCAACGAAGGAACAUCUAGUGAUCAUGUAUCUUCUCCCAGAAAUGUUCACCAUAGGUUUGAUCUUGCAAGGUCUGUGGACACAUUUGAUCAUACAGAAGCAAUUAAUCCCAGUUUGGGAGCAUUGUCUAAAUCUCCAACCACUAGAAGUUCUCAUGCUUAUGAUGGCAGUGUCUCUUCUAAUGACGGGAUGGAUGAGCGAAUCCCUAAUCACCAUUUAUAUUCUUUCGAGAACACUUACACAGUUGCAGAUGGUGUUUCUGAGGGAGAAUCCAGAAAGGGAAAAGGAAAAGGCCUUGUUCAUAACAUGUCAUAUGGUGAUCUUGAAACACAGCAUCAGUCAUAUUUUCCCAAUAGAAGGAAUCAUAUCAACGAAGGGCCUGAGACUACAAGACACAGUCAUGCAAAUUGGAUGAGAGCAAAGAAAGAUGAGUUUCCAUCCAAAAUACCUCUCCCUCGAAGUGGUUCCGAAUCAGGCUAUGAAAGAGGAAGCCCAUCAAGUCAAUUGCGUGAUGAACUCUAUGGCGCAUCGAGUUAUCUUUCACCUGAUUCCUUUGAGGAUCCUGACCUGGAGAAGAUGAAACUGUUGAGAAUGGUUUAUAAGUUGCAGGAACAACUCAACAGAACUAGCUAUGCAAAUGGGGAAACAAAUGGAAGACUGUCGAAUGAAAUUCAUGUUUCAGCAUACCAAAGCCAUGAUUUUCAUGAAGGAAGGUUUUUCCGUGAUCUGGAUCCGCCAAGGCGGGAUGGAAGAUAUAGUCAUGGAAUCAACUCACACCAAAGGCACAACUUUUCAAGGAUUCCUUAUUUACCUGAGCCAAGAAGCAGUCCAAAUCAUGUUGAACAUCCUGGUUUCCAUUGCUAUCCCCAGGAGUGGCAAUGCUCAGGAGAGUUUCCUCCACAUGUUCUUUACCAACAUGAAGAGUUGUAUAGGCCUCAUCCGGGUCACAAUUGUUGCUCAUCUCACCACUCUUAUCCUUCAAGCCCGCAGUGGUUCACUACCUCAAAACCGGUACACGGCCGUGAAACAAAGUCUUGUGAUCAGAGGCUCAGGGCUCCCGAGAUGAGGAGCUAUUUCAGGGAGAAACCAAGCUUGACUAGGCGACAUUGCCGGCCGGUAGCAGGUGGAGCGCCGUUUGUAACUUGUUAUAAAUGCUCUAAGUUGCUGCAACUGCCUGCAGAUUUUCUCCUUUUUAAAAGAGUAUGCAGUGAGCUCAAAUGUGGUGAAUGUCAAGAGGUGCUCAAAUUUUCUCUGCAGAACAGAAGUCAUAUAGUUUCUUAUGCUCCAAAUGGUCUUGGCCCCAAAUCAAGUGACCUUAAUGAUCAAAACGAGAUGAUUGACGGCAGCCAUCCCCAUUCAGAAUCUCAUGCCAACCAUUGUCAUUCUUCAAAUGCAGACCCCAUUUCAUAUUCUGAUGAUUAUGACAAUUCUGUGGUUAAAAGCUCCUCCUCUGAAGGAGAACCUGUUUCUGUGACACCAUCUCAUCACUUGCAUGAUAAUCCAAGUGUUUCUCCUGGCAACUUUGAGCCUACAGCAGAGAACGACAAAAAGGCUUCAAGAGGUCCUAGUACAAGUAAGCCUCCAGUGCACUCCUCCAAUAUGUCAUCAGCAACAGCGCUGCCAAAAAGUUCCACUCUUCACCAACUGAUGGGUUACUCCUCACCGAGUCUAGUGUUGAGAGGGUUUCCGUCCUCUGUCCAAGGAGAAGAGCCUAGACCCAAUGGAGAAAAUGAUCUAAGUCAUAACUCUCAACAGAGCUCAAGUGUCAUGCAUUGAUAGCAUGUUUGGAUCAAUUUCUCUUUCAUCAAAAUCAAUUCUGAAACCCAGAAGCUACUCACUGAAGCUUCUCCCAUAAUUGGUUCUGCCUUAAGAAUCAAUUGUAGAAGGGUUUUAAAAAAUGUCGCAUGACAAUUCUGUUCCCCUAUGUUUGAUGAAUCUAAAGUGAAGCUGGGAAGAUCAAGAGCGUGGGGUUUCUUACCUGAAUUUCAGAUGCAAUGAUGAAGCAUCCAGAUUAAGGCUUAUUUUGUUGUAGUUUUACUUUAACUAUUUAUUUGGUGUCUUGAACAAGAGCAAUAAGGGUGAUUCGUUGCUCUACGAUGUGCAUCAGAGGCAGAUUAGCUCCAUCAUUCAAUUUUCGCCAUACCUGUUUGGCAACAGAUGCAGAACAUUUUACAUAUCUUGGGUGUAUAUAGAAGUAAUUGUUGUUUGUAUUCUAAACUUAGAAUCAAAAAGUAAGUUAAUUUUUUAUAAACCAUGAGUGUAUUAUUAUCAA